UGGCGCCCCCUCAGUGCCGGUGAGCGCCCGCGGUAUGGCCACUUCGAUCGUUAGCAAAGCGGUGGCACCACUUGCCGCCGAGGACUCUGACCCGGAGGCGGAGUUGCUCCUGCAGCGCCCCGAGCGGGCUCGGCUGAGCGAGAACACGCGCUUGGCCACCCGCUACGCGGUGCGCAUCUUCCGCGAGUACCUGAGCGAGAAAGCCCAAAGCCCCGACUUCGAGACCAUGGACAAGGGGGCGCUGUGCCGCGUGUUACGCUCCUUCUACGCCGAGGCGCGCUCCAAGAGCGGGCAGCUCUACUCCAAGUCGUCGCUCAUCAGCAUCCGCAGCUCCCUCAACCGCUACCUCAAUGAACCUCCUUAUUGCCGCACCCUCGACCUCACCAAGGACCCGGAGCUGCGCGCCGCUAAUCUGACUCUGGCCGCCGUCAUCCGGAAGCUGGAGGAGCAGGGCGCCGGGCCGGUGGUGCAGAAGCAAGCCAUUACGCGCGCUGACCUUCGGAAGCUCUACACGUGCAACGUGUUCAGCACGCAGAGCCCCUUCGGGCUCCUGAACAAGGUCUGGUUCGAGACGUGCAUGUACUUCUGCACGCGGGGCCGCGAGAACCAGCGCGAGCUCGAGGAGGACUCCUUCGGAUUGGCCAUGGACGAGGACGGGCGCAAGUUUGUCUACUUUAAGGCCCUGGGGCCGUAUCAUAAGUCGCGCUCGUCGUCUUGGAGCAAAAAGCGCGCCGAGAACAGCGACGAGGAGAAUUUGCCGCGCAUGUACGAAACCGGCACGGAGUUCUGUCCUUACGCCAGUUUUGUGAAAUACUUGGCGAAGCGGAACCCGCUCUGCAAGGCCUUUUUUCAGCGACCGCGGGACCACUGCAGCGAGGGCGACGUCACCUGGUACGAGAACAAGGCCAUCGGCAAGAAUCUGCUGGGCACCCGCAUGCAGAUGCUCUCCAAGGCGGCCAAGCUUUCCAAGACUUAUACUAACCACUGCAUCGGCGCAGUCUCUAUCGCCACCCUCAACAGUAUUGCAGGCAUCGGCACCAAGCUGUCCUCAGGGGCCGCCGGCGGAGGAGGUCUCAACGGCAGAGCCCGCCUCCCGCCCGUUCCCGCCAACAACACUUACGUUCUGCCCAAGGACGGCGACAACCACCCAAGCGUGAAGGCCGAAGCGGCGGCUGUUCUGGUGCCGACUAAGCGCUCCCAUGAGGCCAUGUACGAUGCCGGGGGCGGGGCCGCGGUAGUGGGAGAUGCCUGCGGCCUUUCCUCGUCCCCCAAAAGACUUUGUCUCAGGCCUGCGGAGCCCCUCGACACAGCCGCCGUGGUGGUGGUCUCGGUGAAACAUGACCCUUUGCCUCUCAUACCUGAAGCCAGCGGGCCGAGAAGCACUAGCUCUCCCACAGUCAUUUCACCUGCAAUGAUUUCCCCUACACAGGACAGUCGGCCCAAUAUGUCAAGACCUCUGAUCACUAGGUCCCCUGCAUCUCCUUUGAACAAUCAAGGCAUCCCCACACCAGCACAACUCACAAAAUCCAAUGCACCGGUUCAUAUUGACGUGGGUGGGCACAUGUACACCAGCAGCUUGGCCACACUAACUAAAUAUCCUGAAUCAAGAAUUGGGAGGCUAUUUGAUGGCACAGAGCCCAUUGUUUUGGAUAGCCUGAAGCAGCACUACUUCAUCGAUAGAGAUGGCCAAAUGUUCAGAUAUAUUUUGAAUUUUCUACGAACUUCAAAACUACUCAUACCAGAUGAUUUCAAGGAUUACAGUUUGUUAUAUGAAGAAGCAAAGUAUUUUCAGCUUCAGCCCAUGCUAGGGGAAAUGGAAAGAUGGAAACAGGAUCGAGAGACAGGCCGGUUUUCAAAAUCUUGUGAGUGCUUGGUUGUACGUGUUGCUCCGGAUCUUGGAGAAAGAAUUACUUUGAGUGGAGAUAAAUCUUUAAUAGAAGAGGUUUUCCCAGAAAUUGGUGACGUGAUGUGCAAUUCAGUCAAUGCAGGUUGGAAUCAUGACUCGACGCAUGUCAUCAGAUUUCCAUUGAAUGGAUAUUGUCACCUCAAUUCAGUUCAGGUACUUGAGAGAUUGCAACAAAGAGGAUUUGAAAUUGUUGGCUCAUGUGGGGGAGGAGUGGACUCUUCCCAAUUCAGUGAAUACGUACUUAAGCGAGAACUCAGAAGGACAUCUCGUUCAUCUUCAGUCAUUCGAAUAAAACAAGAACCUCUGGACUAAGGACACUUUUUCUUAUGCAACACAAGGGGAACCUUUUUCAUGUGCAGUUGGGACACCAAACAGCUUUAGAAUGAAAAGUUGAAUAAAGAUAUGUUUAUAUCAAAUAUAGAGACCAUGCCUGUAUUCAGAUGAGAGCAUUGGAAUAGUAAUAAUAACUUCAAGGUGUAAAAUAUGUAUAUGUGAAACAUUAUGUUUGCAAAAGAAAAUAAAAAUGGGUAAGUGAGGUUGGUGCUGUGAUGGCCAUUAAGUCUCCUAGGCCUCAGUAAGGCCUGAUUGACCAUGAAGAAACCAUUGCCAUUACUGGAAGCUAACAUCUCUUUUCUGUUUUCCAUUAUUAAAUGGCAGUCAGCUUUUCAGUGUAUACACCUUGAAUCAAGUUUACAGAUGCCUGCUUUGGAAGUGACUGAACAGAACUCCAGAAGAGUUUUCUUCAUCCAUUGCAUAAUAAAAGGUCAUAAGCAAGGAUUUAAAAAUGUAGCUUGUACAGAAGUCAUAUACUUCUGCCCACCUGACAGAUGUGAACAUUUUUCUCUUUCUAAAAAGGAUCUAGAAUUUAUUAUUAUACAGUAGAAUUGCCCUGGUUUGAGUAAUGAGUUCAGAAGUGUUUUUUUAACUUAAUAAUAUAUGAAGUACAAUAAAUUCACUUAAAAGGAACUAUUAAAAUUGGCAUUAAAUAACAAGACAAUCUUUUUAAAACAUAACCUUUAAUUCACUGUUAUGCAUUUUAUGCAUUUAUAGAGUGCAAUGCCAUAUACAAUGUCUGAGAAUCAGUCUUACUGAUCUCAGGAGAUACGUAUAGAACUGCACUGUAAACAAUGAAUUCUGUUUGGAAAAAAUAUGAAGGCACGAAGAAGUUAGUAAAAAAAGGUAUCUAAUCCAUUCUAGCAAAAGAAAAUCCAUUGCGCUUUAUGGUGCUACUUUCUCUUCACUGAUUUUAGCCUUGUUUGAAAAGGUGGCUUUAUGAUAAAAUCCCAAUGUUAGUCCUAGAAUUUUAUAGAUUUUUUUUUUUAAGAUUUGGUAAAACAGUUAAUUGGAGAUUUACACCUAACAUCUCGGUAUAGCUUCAUCAGUGUUUUUAGAUUUGUCCUCUUAAAUCUUACAUUAAUUUUUUUUUACAAAGUAUGCUUCUAUUCUGCAUUGUUUUGCCUUUCUCAAAACAGGAAAGAUGGUUGCCUACCACUAUCGUCAUCAGUUACUGGGAUUUCAUUCACUUUGUACUAAUUCAGUAAUAAAGGAAGCCAUUAGUAAACCUCUUUGAUACAUGUGGACACAUUCAUGAAGUUACCGGGAGUUACAAAGAAAUAAUGCAUUACUUUGUUACUUUGGUAUCUGAAGUCAUCUAUGUUUAAUCUACACUUUUAUUAAAAUGAGAAAUACCAUAUUGUCUGGACCCAUAAGAAUAAUUAUUGGCUAUUAGUUCUUUUUUCCCAAUAUGAGUAGAAAACUGACUGAGAAAACUUUUAUUAGUAGGCAAAAUUUGUACUGCUUUAUAAUAUUGGGAUAUAUUGCAGUUGCAGUUGUUUUAUCUUUUUUCUUUACCUGUUUUUUAAUGUGAAGUUUGGAAAAAAAUUGAUGACUUUAAAAAAGAAUGAAAAAAUAGGAGCAUGAAUCUAUAAAAAUUUAAGAAAUAGCACAUUGCUUAAGUUGGUCUGAAUAAGAGUUUUAUGUUACAUGUUUUAAAGUUCCUCUUCUCAAGGAAUGACAUAGUUCCCCCUUUUUUGUCCAAGUUAUAUUAACUAAGUGGGUUUGGAAGAUAUUACAAAUUAUACUGCAGAAGCCC